AUGUACGGGACUGGCCGACCUGGUGCCACUGUCCAGGCCCUGACUCACGGCGAGCCCGCGCAUCACAACAGCUGCUCUGAGGGUUUUCACGGCUGCCACGUCCUGAAGCAGACGGCCAGGCCUUCCCCUGAGGUGUUCCAGGGUACAUUCGAACCACCAACCCCUCAGUUAGAGCUCAAGCACUAUCCGUGUCGGGUGCAGCUGGGCUGCACCUUCCGGAAGGUUCUUCUGACAUCCGACACUGAUGCUGAAGCCUCGUCAUUCCACGAGGUCCAGCUGGGGGAGUGGGCGCCCGGCCUCACUUGGGCGCGAGAAGCCACGGAGCACUGCGCCUGGGCGGGUCAGCUGCCCGAGCGCGAUCCAGGCGCCCGGGCUGUCAAAGCGCCCUUUGUCCGGGCCUGCCUGCAGCCAGCUGCUCCCCUACGCCCGCCGUGGGGACAUGUGUGGGCACAGCUGGAGCCCCUCGUUCACGCCUGCCUCCUGCGAGCAGCAGCCCCCGCCUGGCCCGGGCUGCUGGGGGCUGUGCUGCGGCUGGACAGGCUCUGCACACUGCCCUUACGACGUAUGGAGAAGUCACACGAAGGGCUGCAGAGCAAGGCCGGUGACCUGGGCUCUCCAGCCCCUGAGCUGGGGCCCCCGUCCCCAGAAAGGCUCUUCCCGCCAGCUCGGGAGAAGACCGAGAGCCACCAACCCGCAGAGAGCAGGGGGCCUCGCUUGGCCAAGGGGCCCAGAACCCAGCAGCAGCAGCAGCAGACGCAGCAGCAGCAGACGCAGCUGGCGGGGGGCUGGGUGGCUGCGCGGGCCGGCGAGGGGAGGCGACGGCCCUGCCUGCAGCCCACCCCGCUGCUGGGUGGGCCGGGCUGGGCCUGGGCCCCUCGGCCCCUGCGAGAAGCACAGCUGGGCAGGCUGGAGCCGCAGAACAGCCAGGGAGCAAGACAGCCACUUCCGUCAGGAGUCAGCAAGGUGCUGAAGGAGGCUGCCUCGGCCCAGGCCCACGCACCAACCUGCCACCCGAGCCCCGAGCCACCAGCAGAGGCCGUGAUCUCCACGCCAAACCAAGGGGGCGUCGGCAGUCACCGACGGUGGUCCCACAGCUGGGACCCCAAGGAGAACGCAUGA